AUGGCAAAUACUAAACAAAAUAUGAGACCAUUACGGCCUAACUUUAAUAUAAAAAAUACUUCUUAAGUUUCAGAAUAGGAGCCUCCACAACCAACUCUUGAAAAUAGAGAGUACAAAGCUACAGAGCCAAAAAUUAAUUUAAGACCUUUCGUACGUCCGCCUAGUUCAAAAAAAGAUGAUGUUCAACAAUCGUAAUAGUUUUAAGAAUCAAUAAUGGAUUCGAAAGUGGAUGAUUAAAAAAACACAUAACAAAGAAGAACACCAGUAAAUGGAUUUAGAAAAUUUAAUCUACAAGCUGCUGCACCUAUCUCAUAGAAUGAAGAGGUCUUGAAUGUGCCUUAAUAAUAUUAAGGACCAGCCAUUAAUCUAUUUGCUAAUAAAGAAAAAAUUUAAUAAGAAGUUAGUCAAAUCAAAUAAAAAGAAUUAAGGCAAAUGGUGCAAGUGCAAAUGAAACAAAGACCUCUGAAUGCACCUGAAACGAACAUGUUUGCUGGUAAAGAGUCAGUUGAUGGUCAGGAUACUUUCAAGAAGAUGAAACCCAUUAAACCAACAAACAAUAAAGAGCCAAUCACCAAAGACACUAUCAAAGUAGCAGAGCUUUUGGAAAACAAGAUUCAGUUUCAGGCUCCCUAGGAAGAUCAGCAGAUUGAAACCAAAAAGGUUCCUAGAACAAGAGUUAAGUAAGCAGUUCAGGAAUAGAUUGAUAUCGAAUAGUUGAAUAAUAAUUAGUAAUAGAAUGCAAAACAACAAGGGGAGGAUACAAUGAUGGAAAAGACUCAGAGAGAGAUGAAUAAAAAUAUAAGUAAGAAAACUGGAAAGACUAAUUAGAUUGCAUAGUAAUAAUAAUAAAAUGUACAACCAGAGGAAACUAAUAAAUAAUUAGCAUAAACAAAAGAAGCAAUCCAGAACCCUUAAUAAACUGUCACUUCAAUAGAUGAUUACAAGGAGAGAACUAUUUAAUUUAAUACUAAUACUACAAAAAAUGUGUUGUAAGGCAAGACAGAGGAACAAAAGAAAAGAGUAAAGGAAUUGCAACAAUUAAUAACGUUAGAAGUAGAUGAUUAUAGCAAUUAGUUAGCGAUUCAACCAAGAACUGAAUAUGAAACCUAUCUCAAUCAUAUCAAAGCAAACAUAAUCAGAAAUUCUUGUGAUCAAGCAUUUGAUGACCGAUUAACAGUGGAUACUUAAACAGAUGAAUUUUAAACAAAUGAUUUCGGAGGACAAUGUCCAGAAGACUAUAAUAGAACAUUCCUUGCUCACAAACAACAAUAUCAAAAGGACAAUCGUCUAUGUGAGUUCAUUGAAUAAGCUUGUGAGAUUUUUGACGAAAUUCUUAAUAUUGGAAACAGAAACCAGAUUCAGUUUGAUUAAGAACAGUUGAAUCAUAAAUUUCCUGAUAAAAUAAAAAGUGCCUUCAAAUGCAAGUGCUUAAACAUCGUAGCUCAUUAAAUAUAUAAUAAUCAAUUGGAAAUAUUUGAAACCUAUUACAUCGAGAGUGAUAAAUUUAAGUGGCUCAAUGGCUCAUUGAUAAUUUAAUACCCCUAAAAUGUGCUUUACUAUAUUCCUUCAAAAGUAACAUGUUUGAUUUGUGAAUAAAAUUUAUUGAUUUGUGGAAAUGCAGACGGAUAAUUGGCUGGAUGGAGUAUAAAUGAUGUUGGGUACAACAAUAAGUAUAUUGAUAAAAUGAGAGAACUUUUGUAGAAUGAAUUUAAAAUAAAAAGUAUUAACUUUGCUUCAGAAUGGAAUCUCUCAAUUUUAGAUUAAUUUAGCGAUACGAAUAUGAACUAAUUGUCAUAAAUACAAUAAAUAACCCAUAACUCAUUUAUCAAAUUGAUUUUUGAAAUAGUUGUAAUGGAUGUAUUUGGAAAUAUAUAAAUUUGGGAGGUUUAAGAUUUGAAAUAUAAUGAAUAAGAAAAGCUAUAUGUAGAUUUAGGAAUAAAGUCAAAAAAGAAAUUAGUAUUAUUAAAUACAAUCAGCAAGAACCUGACAAAGAUCUACAGUUGUAUGAGUAUGGACAUAGAUAAUAUUCUUAUUUGUGGACCCUCAAAAGUGAUUAAUAUUUCUCAAUAACGAUCCUAUUUUGAUGAUUCAGAUAUGCAACCCUGUGUUAUUGGCAAUAUCUAUUAUAAUUAUUUUUGUGUUGGAUAUAUUGAUGGUCAUAUUGCAGUAUUUCACAAAGACUUUACCAAGUCGAUUUGGUAAUUGAGAAUUGGAUUAAAGAAGAUCAUUUGGAUCAGAAUUCUUUCUGAUGGUUUGAUAGGUGCCAUUGAUAGUGAAUAGAAUAUAUAUGUAUAUUGUGCUAAGGAUAAUUCCUAAAUGGUAGGAAAGUAAUUGGCUGAUCAAGAUCGUUGGAGAUUCAACUAUGCUUAGUAUGUUUUUAUAAUUAAUUCAAGCUAAAAUGGUUAAGAGUUGACAAUAGUAGGAAAAGAUAAAAAUACUGAUUUGCAAUUGAUUAAAGAGAGAUUAGAAUUAUAGGGAACCAAAACUGACAUUUUCGAUAACAUUUAUUUGGAUUAUUAUGGAUAAUGA